AUGUCUGCGCGUGCGCCUGUCUCAUGUUGCGCGCUGAUCGCGCUCUUCGUGCUCGUAACUCUAACACGACUUCACAGUGCUGAAACCAUUCAUUGUCAUAGAGACGGUCUUUACGCGGACUACAGUAAAAAUUGCCGCGAGUAUGUAAGGUGCGCAGGAGGAGCUAUGAAAGGCCGCUAUUCCUGCGCGGCAGACAGAGCCUUCAGCGAGGUAGCCGGAGCCUGCGUGCCGCGACGCCGGCAACCCUGCAUCCGCCGGGAAUGUGCCCCUGAAGAUACACUGGCGUACGCCACCCCUGGCACCGCGUGUCGCCAGUAUUACCGCUGUGAGAACAGCACCGCCGUAGAUCACUAUUGCCCGUCCGGAGCUUGGUUCGAUAUUGAUCUGCAAGCCUGUACCCGAGGAGCAGGCACUUGCUACGAACCGCUGUGUACUGGAUUGACCGAUGGGAAAUAUCCGGACUCCUCACAUGAAUGCCGACGUAUGCUACACUGCCGCGGCGGUGAACUAAAAGGAGUAUUUUCUUGCCCCGGUGGUGCAUGUGUGCAGUCUUGCCCCCCGCCGAGAUCUGCGGCUAUACCUUUGCCGGCCGGCGACGCUGAUUUCUGUUCAGACGAAGCUUGUUCUUCUUUGUGUCAAUAUGCCGACGACGGUGCAUAUGCUGACAGAGUAACAGGAUGCCGCGAGUACUUUGUUUGUGAAUCUCAUCGUGUCAUACGGCGGGGUGUUUGUGAACCCGGUCACUUAUUCUCGGGCAGAGGAUGCGAGCCCGCAGAGCGCACCGUGUGCCCUCAGCCGGCGAGGAGCCCGUGCUUCAAUCGUCCUGACGGCUUGCACAGAGACUGGCGAGACUGUUCGUCGUGGUUCGAGUGCAGGCGCGAGCGCGUCGUGGCUCGCGGGUCGUGUGAACGCGACCUAGUGUUCGACGGUGUGUCUUGCAUUGCACCUAAUUUAUUUGUGUGUGAAGGCCCGGAGCCAACAAUACAAUGUCAAGGAUUUCCAAGUGGAACUUAUCAGGACUUGGAAUCUAACUGCACGCGAUAUUUCCAUUGUGAGGGGUCGCUUCGUACUACGUUCGCGUGCGAGGCGGGUUAUGUGUAUGAUGGUGUCCGGUGUUCGCCUGAAGAGACAUAUUUGUGUCCAAGUCUGGACCGGGACUCGUGUUACGGUCGUCCAGACGGGAGGUACCGCGGGCAGGACACCGGGUGUAGGGGAUAUUACGCAUGCGCAGCCGGGGAGAAGGCCACAUAUGCGUGCGCGGCGGGCAGCGUGUUUGACGGGGAGUCGUGUGUACCGCCGCGGCCAGGCCUCUGUCCCGUGGAGGACUUCUCCUGUUUCGGCCUAUCGGAUGGCUAUCACGCGGAAAUUAAGUCAGGAUGCCAUAGAUACUUCUACUGUGAAGGGGGCGACAGAUUGGCGACGCUUUCUUGUCUCGGAGGGAAGAUAUUCGACGGGCAUUCCUGCGUGGAUCCUUCGCAUCACAAGUGCGGCGCCCCGCCCCUGCAGGCCGUGGAAAAUGGCGGGAAAUUCUGUGAAAGAGACGGCUUUUUCGUGCAACUAGGCAGCCAAUGUCAACGGUACUAUUUCUGUGUAACGGGCAUACGGACUUACCUUUCGUGCCCAGUGGACAAAGUCUUUAACGGCCAAGUGUGUGUUCCUAAAUCUCAAUAUUCCUGUCCCGGCUGAAAUCAAUACGAAUGGAUUUUUUUGAUUCGAAGCGUAAACGCUAUAUAGUCGAGGGUCGAACGGAGACUACGAUGUACCUGAACAUUAUGGAAUAAGGCUGUGAAUCGACACUGGACAUUUUCCGAUUGUGUUUUAACUGUUAUCAACGCUUCCUUAUUAUCUACCUCCGUUUAUAAUAAUAGACAUUUUAUUUUAUAGUUUUUAUUGGCAUAGAAACUUUAAGCAACCUAUUUAGUAUAUAACGGCUAGUAAUUACACAGUGACUAUAUUUUACAUUCACUUACAAACUCAUAAGUUACAUGCUCCAUUAAUAGAAAAAUAAAUUAUCUUUUAACGAUUUUAAAGAAUGUAUAGUGAAACAUUGAUUAGUUUUAAUUAUAACAUACUUUAAUUAAAACACAUGACCUCAGUCAAAAAAUAAUAAAAGCGAUAAUUUAAUAUGAAAAAAGAUCAAUUAACAAAAAUAUGCUUAAAUACUUAGUGAAGAACAUAUAUUUUAUGAUAACACUGAUUGUUAAGGACAUAUGAUAUAUUGAUAAAAAUAAGCACUUAUUCAAAACUUAUUUAAUUUCAGGAUAAAUCUUAAAUAAUACUUUGGAAUUUUGAAUUUUAAUAAAAAAUACUCAUCGCUUAUUUAAAACAAAACAUUUAUGGCGUCUUUACAUCGUUCACUAAAAAUGUUUCUAAUUAAUAACUUUAAUGUAAUAUAAUAGAUUUAUACAUUUUUACACAACAACUAUAGUUUUAUAUAAGGUUCAGUACCCGGUAGAAAAGAUCACACAUCGCACACUAAUUCAAAAAGACGGUCGGUUGGCGAAGUUCUUUACCAACUAGUGUUACUUAUACCAGCCACAAAUAGAAAACCGUAUGAGAAAGAAACGUACUGUAUAGAUGUGGCAGAUCUCUUGUAUUCUGUGGUUAUAUCUAUGGAUUUGUUUAAAUUAAAUGCGUUCGAUGUUCCUAUUUCUAAACAAGAUUCAGUCAUAUGUCGCGUAUAACUGUAAUUUCUCAAAGUUCUUAUUAAAUUAAACGUAAUUUUUGUAGGAAUUGGGAGUAGUGGCAGUCCCUUACUCUAUGUAGGCAAUUUAAGCUUAUUUUCCUUUUCCAAAGGUUCGAUAAUAGUAUCUUUCCCGCCGAGUACUGUAUGUAUCAUAAUCGUUGUAUUUAUACAACACUAUAUAUAAAGAUAUUUAUAAUUUUAUACACAUUGUU